UCCUGGUUCACACUCUCUAACUUGAGGCCGCUGACAGUCGCUCCUGCAGAGAGGAGGAGGAGGUGGAGGGGGGAGUGGAGGUGGAGGAGGGGGGAGUGAAGGGGCCAAUGCAUUCAGGAGGUCUGUCCAACAGGAGCGUCUUCUCCGUCCUCCUCACCGCGCACUGUUCAGACUUGAGGAAAAACAUCACACUGAGAAACUCUGCGCGUGUUCCCAACUUCCUCUCCUCACACACAUUAUCUGAAACAUGAUGGAAAACAACAUUUGAGAACAAUGAGCGUUUUUAUCACAGCUAAUUGGCAGCGCACGUGGCUUUUGUUGCAUCUUUUUUCCACAUUAACGUGCAACGUCCUGCUUCUGUGAACGCCCUGGCAACACGGACCUCUCUCCAUCAUUCUGCUGAGCUUCAUCCCUCACCCUCACCCUCAUCAUCAGCAUCCUUCAAAACCACAGAGGGAAUCAAACAACUGUCUCUGACGCUUUUCCUCCAAGGAGCACCUGGUACUUUUCUCCACAUCUGGGACUUCAGAUCUAUUUUCUGUUGUGAUAGUUGUUUUUUUUAAAAAGCAGUGCGUGCGUCGGGGAAGUGUUUUUUGUUCUCAGCACCGAGAUGCCUGUGAGACGCGGUCAUGUUGCGCUCCAGAACACCUACCUGGACACUAUCAUCAGGAAAUUCGACGAGCAAAGUCGCAAGUUUGUAAUUGCCAACGCCCAGAUGAAGAACUGCGGCAUCAUCUACUGCAAUGAAGGUUUCUGCCAGAUGUUCGGCUUCACCAGGGCGGAGAUCAUGCAGCAGCCCUGUACCUGUCAGUUCUUGGUGGGGCCCGGCACCAUGAAGAGCGCGCUGGCCCAGCUUGCGCAGGCUCUGCUGGGCUCUGAGGAGGGCAAAGUGGAGAUCCUGUACUACGCUAAGGAAGGAACAUGCAGACCGUGCCUGGUGGACGUUGUCCCUGUAAAAAACGAGGAAGGCAAUGUCAUCAUGUUCAUCCUCGACUUCCAAGAGCUGAGGGAUUGUUCUCUCAAGAAGUCAGGCCUCCGACAGAGAGUCUCCCAAGGAUGGAAUUACUGUCAGAAUCGCAGGUUGAAGAUGAGGCUGCCGGUGCUGCGCUCCAUGCGUCAGUCGUCACUUUCCAAGGAUCAGUUUGAAGGAGUGGUGGUGGACUACCUGGAGCCAAACUGUGAGGAGGUCCCUCUUAAAGAAUUCAGAAUCCCCUCCAAGGAGAGCUGCAUGCAGUCUGAGACGGAGGCUCUGAUAGAACAGGAUCAGGACCCUCCGUCCCCUGCAGCCGAGUCCUCCAGCAAGCGGUGCUCCCUUCUGACAGACAGGCUGGACCCCAGCACCGCCUUCCCCAGGGGGUCGCUACCCCGGAGCUGUUCUCGAGAAAGUGUUCGCAGCUUCCGACGCGCCUCCUCGCUGGAUAACAUUGAAUGCAUGAGGGCAGAAUGGAACAGCCGAGCUGGAGAGACCCAAACCAACAGCAAUCUGAAGCCCAGCGUUCUGAACUCCACGUCAGACUCAGACUUAAUGAGACACAGGACCAUCGGCCGCAUCCCUCAGGUUACCCUCACCUUUGGCUCGGACCGCAUGAGACCUCCCUCGCCCACUGAGAUUGAAAUCAUCGCGCCGAGCAAGAUUAAAGACAGAACGCAGAACGUCACAGAGAAAGUCACUCAGGUCACACAGGUGUUGUCUCUCGGUGCUGACGUGCUGCCAGAGUACAAGCUCCAGGCCCCACGCAUCCACAAAUGGACCAUCCUUCACUACAGCCCCUUCAAAGCAGUGUGGGACUGGAUCAUCCUGCUGCUGGUCAUCUACACCGCCAUCUUCACUCCUUACUCAGCCGCCUUCCUUCUCAAUGAGGUGGAGGAGGCCUGUGGCUACACCUGUAACCCUCUCAACGUGGUGGACCUGGUUGUGGACGUCAUGUUCAUCGUGGACAUUCUCAUUAACUUCAGGACCACUUAUGUGAACCAUAACGACGAGGUGGUGAGCCACCCGGGCCGGAUUGCUCAGCACUACUUCAAGGGCUGGUUCCUCAUCGACAUCGUGGCCGCCAUCCCCUUUGAUCUGCUCAUAUUCCGCUCAGGGUCUGAGGAGCCUCAGACAACCACUCUGAUUGGAUUACUGAAAACUGCCAGACUCCUGAGGCUGGUCCGAGUGGCCCGCAAGUUGGACCGUUACUCAGAAUACGGAGCCGCCGUCCUUUUCCUCCUCAUGUGCACCUUCGCCCUCAUCGCCCAUUGGCUGGCGUGUAUCUGGUACGCCAUUGGCAACGUGGAGCGCACAAGCUCGGCUCGAAUCGGCGCCCUGAAAAUCGGCUGGCUGGACAACUUAGCGGAGCAGAUCGGGAAACAGUACAAUGACAGCGAUGCUUCCUCGGGACCCUCCAUCAAGGACAAGUAUGUGACGGCGCUGUACUUCACCUUCAGCAGUCUGACCAGCGUGGGGUUUGGGAACGUCUCUCCCAACACCAACCCAGAGAAGAUCUUCUCCAUCUGUGUGAUGCUUAUUGGCUCUCUGAUGUACGCCAGUAUCUUUGGAAACGUGUCGGCCAUCAUUCAGAGGCUGUACUCUGGCACGGCCCGUUACCACACCCAGAUGCUGCGGGUCAAAGAGUUCAUCCGUUUCCAUCAGAUCCCCGGAGGCCUGAGACAGAGGCUGGAGGAGUACUUCCAACACGCCUGGUCCUACACCAACGGCAUCGACAUGAACGCUGUUUUAAAGGGUUUCCCUGAGUGUCUGCAAGCGGACAUCUGCCUCCAUCUGAACCGGACCCUCUUGCAGCACUGCAAAGCUUUUCGAGGCGCCAACAAAGGCUGCCUGCGAGCUCUGGCCAUGCGCUUCAAGACCACCCACGCUCCUCCCGGUGACACUUUGGUCCACAGCGGGGACAUUCUCACUGCCCUCUACUUCAUUUCCAGAGGCUCCAUCGAGAUCCUCAGGGAUGACGUGGUGGUGGCGAUUCUAGGAAAGAAUGAUAUCUUCGGUGAACCUAUCAGUCUGUACGGGAGGCCGGGGAAAUCCAGCGCUGACGUCAGGGCUUUGACCUAUUGUGACCUCCACAAAAUCCAGAGAGACGACCUGCUGGAGGUGCUGGACAUGUAUCCCGACUUUGCAGACAUGUUCUGGAACAACUUGGAGAUCACGUUCAACCUGAGAGAUGCAGAUAGAAUAAACCAGUCAUCUCCGGAUAAGGACUCUGAAUGUGGCUACCGCCGGACGAGGCAUCGCAGGAGCUCCCUGCGACGACGUAACCGACCAGACGGCAUGGACCGUGAAGACUCUUAUCCAGAUCAGUCCUGUCCGAUGGGAAACCACCACCGGGGUACGACCACAGGGUCCCACUGGGACGACCUCUGCAGCAGCCCCAGUAUCUGCUCCCAGUCCAGCGAUGAGGAGAUGAAGCCACUGGGACACAGCAAGUCGGAGCUGUACCCACCUGCGAGUGACGCCAGAGAUUACCCGGCAGCAGUGGUCAACCUCCUGCCUCACAGCGGACCCUCAGGGGGAAUGGGGCCGCCUGUAGACCGCGGAGGACCACCGUACACAGCAGCCCCUAUCAGCAUGUCAGGCCUGUAUGGCUACUGGCCAGACCGCAGAGCCAGCCAGUUUUCAGAGAGCCAGAAGCGAGCCUCCUCGGUCAGAGCCAGUUUCCACCCUCCACCCUGUGCUGAGGAUCGGCCCAGUGAGCUGGAGUCCAGACUGGAGCUGCUGCAGUCCCAGUUAAACAGGCUGGAGACGCGGAUGACGGCAGACAUCAACGUGAUCCUGCAGCUCCUUCAGAGGCAGAUGGCCCCGGUGCCUCCAGCCUACAGCGCCGUGUCCCCCAGCCCUCACCUGCCUCACCCGCCUCACCCCACCACUCUGUACAGCACAGGAGCACCCACAAUCCACACUGUCCCUCCCGUCCAGUCGAGUCCAGACUCAGACUUCCAGCACAAAUCCAAGGACUCACUGUCCAGCGGGAUCCACCUCACUGUGGCCUCCAACGACACCGUAUCCAUGUCGCCAGAGACCGACCCACCUCCUCUGCCAUCUGUGGACUUACUCCCUCCUCAAGACCUUCCUGGACUGAUGAGUGGCAGUCAGCGUUUCCCCUCCCUCCCUGAGCACCUGGAGACGUCCACAGAGACGCAGGAGAUCCAGAGGCACGUCUCUGACCCCGUCCUGCCGGGCAGCUAGAACACCGACCACCAACACUGCCAAAAAAACGCCUGAUCCUUUGGAUGGAACAGCCAUAUAUACCCCACUCUUCUUCCUCCUUCAAAGCCCCCUCAGAAGCUGCUGUAGAAAGUGGGACGUCUGAGGGAUCAGAGCGUCUCCCGUAUCUUAGGUUUGGACUCUGCGGCGCCCUUCACGGGCUGCUGUUGUUUCGUGCUCCAGCAUCCCUUCAAACCUGUGCAAUGAGAGAUUAUUCCUACAGCCCGGUGAGAUGGUUGUCAGACUUGGAUGGACAGUAAACUCACAAACAGAAACUUUUGUCAUGCAGUUGCUGAAUCAUCCCAAAACAGGGUUUCCUUGAGGGACUACAAACAUGUCUGUUUGUGUUCACUUUGUAUAAGAACGUCACAUUUAGACUUCAGAUUAAAAACAAAUCAGUUACUCUGGACUGAAUUAUUUUCCUAAUGUUAGAGAUACAUCAGUUACACUAAGAUGAUACAUCAGUUAAUGAUAUAUCACUGUUUUUAUUUAUAUGAACAAAUAUCAAAAGGCAGAACAGCUGAGCAGGAUGUUUGUGCCCUCUUUGAAGAGAAUGAUUUUGUCUCAUAACUCAUGUUAAGACAUUUAAACAUGAAUCAGCUGUACUUUUUAAAUGUGUCAUUUGAUCAUGAGAAAGUGGAACACAAUCAAACAGACAGAAAGAUAAACUUCAUGGUUUCUUGUAGAUCUUUAAAAUGCCCCGAAUAUUUUAUUUUGAAAAGAAUGACUUUGCUUGUCGUCCCUUGUUUUUGUGUCUGUGUAUCUUCAGCUUAAAUAUUCUGUGUAAUGGUUCAUCAUCACUUGGUUUCAUAACAUACCUGAUGUGUUUUUCUAAAGUGCCAACAUUAGAGGAACUGUUCUGGCUGUGCAUAAAGACAAAGUGAGCAUGGACUGUGUGACGGAUGAGAUGUCAGACACAGACGCUGACGUUCUUUGUUGUAAUGAUUCAACAGUUGUAACCACCAGGUGAAUGUACGGACUUUUUUUUUUUAAACAUUUCUUGUUCUUUAAAAUGGUUCUUGAAGCACAAAUACCUGUUAUUUAUCUUUUAUAGAUUAAAGACACACUGCAGAGUUA